AUGGGGAAUUGCCUGACAAGUAGCAAGAUUGUGUCACAAAAUGAAGAGACUACAACAUCCUUGGUGUCGUCCAAGAUAGAGCGCCCUAAACAUGUUGAAGGUGGCAAGGCCAGGACGGUGAGGUUAGGAUUAGAUGAAGAGGUUAAUGUUGGUAAAGAUGGCGAGAUGGGUGAGACAACGACAUCUAAAGGUGGUGGUGCUGUGAGGAUUAGGGUUUUGGUUACAAGAGAAGAGUUAAAGCAAAUCUUGGAUUUUAGGAAGAACAUAAACUACUCUUCUGUGGAGCAAAUGAUAGGCGCAUUGAGGUUGAGAGAGAGGAGGACGGAUCAAGCUGGAGCAAGUAGUGAUGGCGGUGUGAUCAUGAGCAGCAGCAGUUGGAAGCCGGUUCUGGGUAGCAUUCCAGAGGAGCGUUAA